UCACUGGGCGAUCAGAGAACAGAGAGAGACUAAGAGAUCGCAUCAACAUCACAAUUUGCUAUGGCGUCAAUGACCAUGACAUCUUCAUUUCUCCCUGCCGUCUCAAAGCUUCCAGCAACCGUCUCCGGCAGCGACAGACGAAGCCUCACUGUUGUCAAAGCCUCCACGAGCGAGAACACAACCAAGAAAGAACAGACCAUGAAGAUGAGGAGGGAUCUAAUGUUCACAGCUGCAGCUGCGGCUGUGUGCUCCUUAGCCAAGGUGGCCAUGGCAGAAGAAGAAGAACCCAAGAGAGGGACAGAAGCAGCCAAGAAAAAGUAUGCUCCUGUCUGCGUCACAAUGCCUACCGCCAAGAUUUGCCGUAACUAAGUUCACUAUUUUCACCAACUUAACUAUAUAUAUAUAUAUAUAUUAUAUCCACUCCAUGUGUCUCUGUUGGUAUUGUAAUGAUCAUAUUUGAUCAAAUCUAUUAAAACCCUUUGUUAAUGUACUUGAAUGGUCCACUGA